AGUUGAGUUUUGAUCCAGCGCUGGGUUGACCGUGCUUGUUAGCUACUUCUCUUCUGUUUUCAUUAUUGUGUAAGGCAGGUAUCGACGGAUAUUUUUUUUUCCAGAUACAGUCGUAUGCACGUGUGAACCUCAGGGACGUGAAGGUUGUAAUUAUGGACUCAGCACAGAAUAUGCAACGGUUGAAAGCGCCCCUGUUUUGGAUAGGUGCUGUCACUGUGGCCUGGGUGUCGUUGUGUACCUUGUACCGACUGAUUAACGGGCUCCGCGUGUGGAUUUUGGGAAACGGAAAUCUAAUUAGCCCCUCCAAACUCGGGAAAUGGGCAGUUGUAACUGGGGCUACCGAUGGAAUCGGGAAAGCCUACGCAGAGGAGCUUGCUCGGCGAGGCUUUGACAUUGUCCUCAUCAGUCGUACUCAGGAGAAGCUUGCCGAGGUUUCUGGUGCCAUAGAGAGCAAGUACAACGUGAAUACAAAAACCAUCUCUGCAGACUUCGGAUCCACUGAUAUCUACUCUAAGAUUGAAUCUGGACUUGUUGGCCUGGAAGUAGGAGUCUUGGUUAACAAUGUUGGAGUGUCCUACACUUACCCUGAGUUUUUCCUCAACAUACCAAAUCUUGAUCAAUUCAUUAACAAUAUGAUAAACAUUAACAUCACCUCGGUCUGCCAGAUGUCUCGGCUGGUGUUGCCCAGAAUGGUUGAGAGGUCCAAAGGGGUGAUCCUGAACAUUGCCUCUGCCAGUGGCAUGUACCCUGUCCCGCUUCUCACACUCUACUCCUCCUCCAAGGCUUUUGUGGACUACUUCUCUCGUGGGCUUGAUGCUGAGUACAAAAACAAAGGCAUCAUUAUUCAGAGUGUUCUGCCCUUCUACGUGACCACCAAGCUGAGCAAAAUCAAGAGGGCCUCCCUGGACAUUCCAACACCUGAACGUUAUGUGGCGGCCCAGCUGAGCACCGUGGGCCUGCAGAGCCAGACCAGUGGCUACCUGCCCCAUGCCAUCAUGGGCUGGGUGACCACAGCUCUGCUGCCUGCAAGAUUGUUUAAGAAAUACCUCAUGAGUAUGGGCUUGUCUCAGCGUGCACGUUACCUGAAGAAACAGAAGCAGGGCUAAAAAGCCCUGGAGAGGAACGGGCAGGAGGCUGGCGCCCAGGAGGCGAACGAUGGACCAACCCCAGAAUUCUAGAAGCCCCCCCCCCCAAUUUCCUUUUGCUUUCCAAGACACCCACCAUGCUCUGAAUAAGAUCAUUCAUUCCGUGAUGCUUUGAAUCGAUACUUUUAUUUUCCCUACAGAGGAGGUACAAGCACUUUAGUAUCAUUGCUAACGAAAACUAAAAUUGGCUUAAUUUGUAGAGAAAUGUUUCUAACUGGCUUUACUAAUAGAAAAAGGCUGGCAAGUGGUACCUGGAAUAUUCUGCAAAUCCUUUUACAAUUUGUCAGCACACUUUGGUUUAAAUUAAAAAUGGUUCCUGCAGCCUACAUAUGAUGUUUCUUGAUUUCUGGAUACAGAUUAAGAGGCCAAAUUGAUGUUCCAUUGCAGAUCCUCCAUUCUCCUCUUUUAAUCCACAACUAUACUCUAUAGAGUUCUGGAGGGCCAGAGCACUCCACACGUGUUUUCCUCAUAAUGACGCCUGAUUAUUAGGUGACCAACUGUUUCAGCUGGAAGACCCCCUACUAUGCAGUGCUACAGCCCUGUAUAACUGAAGCCUGCUUUAGAAUAAAUGCUGAACAAUUUUCAGGCAAUUGUCCCUACUACUGUUCGACUGCUGUGUCCCUAACGGUUAUAUUUUGUUAGAGGAAGGUACAUAUGACGUCCUUAAAUGACAUUUGUUGUAACAUUAAUUUUUCUAAAUAAGUUAUCUAUAACAUUCCAAAGCACUUACUUUAUUUUAUGCCAACAGUACUUUGAAUCCUCUUUAAAUCAAGUGUUUUUCUGCAUAGUAUCUUAUCUACUCCAUCUGUGGCUAAUUGCCACAGGCAGUAAUUUUGAUGCAUUUCCCUGGACUAAGAAAAGCAUAAAGAUUACUGAUAAAGAUUACUGACCUUGGCCUUCUGUUAAGUGUGUUUCAUGUGCUUAUCGUCCUUGGUGAUUGACCACGUGCUAUAUAUACCUUUAACCAGAGAUGACGUUAAAAAGAGCUGGAAUGUUCCUUUAAAAUGAGCAUUUACUUUUUUUGCUUUAAUGACGCUGGUUCAUUUUCACCCAUAGUUUGCAGGAUGGCAGUUUUUGUGAACUGCAUGCACUACCUUUAGUAUGUUUCACAAACUGUUGGCACAAGUGUCUCUAUGUAAACUCUUAUGGAUACAUCUUUUAUACAAACAACACUUGCAUUGCACUAAACCAGUGUGGCUGUUUCAUUUUGAAUGUGAAAAUUGCUUUAUUGUAACUACAGCAUUUCAAUGAUGGCCAUUUUGCUGUAGCAUGCACAAGAGGAAACAAAUUUAGCAACAUGAGCAUGUUAUGAAUAAGGGUUCAGAACUGGCUAACAUGCACAUCCCCUACAAGAAUACUGUCUCUUUACCAUGGUGUUAUUUCAUAAAGCAACAUUUCUAAGUGAGACAGCCUUUAAUAAAAAUAUAUAUACAUCACCAAACAAACAUACUGUCACUGUUCACAAGCAACAAUAAAGGAAACGUUUUCUCAUAA